CGAUCGACUUGCUCGUCCUGGUCUCUUCCCUCUCCUCCAUCUCCCAGCCCACCAUUGUUUCUGUUCCACCAUAUCCACGGAGCUCUCCAUAUAUUAGAUGACGAGAAACCAGUCCUGCGUGGGGUCGCACCCCUAUUCCGCGCAGAACAUGGCCGACGGCGAAGACCUGUCCUACCUCGACUACUAUUUUGAGCAGGGCGCUGUGUCUGAGUCUGUGACGGCUCCGGUGAACCCGCAGGGGAGUAAGAAGAGGGGGGCGUCGGCGAUGGAGGUUGAGGCGACGCAGGGGCAGGGCGUGGUUAACCUGUGGAAUGAGAUGGGGACGGGGUUGCCGGGGUUUAAGAUGCAGAACUCGCCGUGGGAUUCAAUGGAUACCAGCGGCGGGUUAGCGCUUCAUGUGGUUGAGUCGUCGGUGGGGUUUGGGGUGCCGCAGGUGCAUGCCAUGGUCAACCUGGGACUGGGAGCAGAGUGGAUGGGAGGGGUGCCGUCGGCCUCGGCGUCGGAGGCGCGGGGGUGCAAGAGGCAGCGCUCGCCGUCGGGCUCCAUGGAGACCGCGAGCGGCGGCAGCAACGAAGACGGAGGCGGAGGCGCGAUCGCGGAUGAGUCUUUGGCGCCGGCCACGGGGACCGGGGUUGGCGGCGGAGGGAGGCGGCUGUGGAAGAAGGACCGCCACAGCGCGUGGUGGGACACAGUCAGCAGCUUCGGCUACCCGGCGGCGGACUUCAGGCACCAUUUCUGCAUGUCACCCAACACGUUCCAGGUUCUGUGCGAGCAGCUGGCGGCCGCCGUCCGCAAGGAGGACACCGCGCUGCGCGUAGCCAUCCCCGUGCAGCAGCGCGUCGCCGUCUGCGUCUGGCGCCUCGCCACCGGGGAGCCCCUCCGCAAGGUCGCCGAUCGCUUCGCCAUCGGGGUCUCCACCUGCCACAAGCUCGUGCUCGACGUCUGCGGCGCCAUCCAGGCCACGGUCCUGCCCAGCGUCAUCCAGUGGUCGGACUCCGCCGCCAUGGCCACCAACGCAGCCAAGUUCGAGGCCUUGUCUGGCAUACCAGGCAUCAUCGGCGCCGUCUACACCACCCACGUCGCCAUCAUCGCGCCCAAGCACCACGUCAUCAACUACCUAAACCCCCGGGCCACGGCGCGCAACAACAAGACAUGCUACAGCAUCACCCUGCAGGCGUCGGUGGACGCGGAGGGGACCUUCACCGACAUCCGCGUCGGCCCAGGAGCCAUGACCGACGAGCAAACCCUGCUCCUCUGGUCGCUGAACAAGCCCAAGCUUACCGGGGAGACCCUUGGCCAGGGCAUGCGCCUGGUCGGCGGCGCCGGCUACCCACUCACGGACUGGAUGCUGGUGCCCUACUCCCACCAGAACCUGACGUGGACGCAGCACGAGUUCAACCGGAGAGUGGCAAAGGCGCGCGCCGUGGCCGUCAGCGCCUUCCAGAGGCUCAAGGCGCGCUGGGCCUGCCUCCAGAGGCGCACCGAGGUCAAGGUGGACGACCUUUCCGUCAUACUCGGCGCCUGCUGCGCGCUCCACAACAUCUGCGAGCGCAGUGGCGAGCCGUUCGACCUCGAGCUGCUGCAGGGCUUGGAGCUCGACCUAGACGACGACAGCAUGGUCGCCAAUGACCCCGUGUCAUCCUCGGCCGCCGGGCAGAUGCGAGACAACAUCGCCCACAACAUGCUCCACCAUCCCACGGUGGUCGGCGCUGGGUCUUUCUGCUAGCAGCUGCCAGCUAGUACCUGUUAAGUUUCUUGACCUGGUCAGCCGACUCGAGAGUAAAAGGAGUAAGAAUUCAUUGCAUUGGUUCUUUUGUUUGAACGGAAAGAGCGAACAAGUUUUCUUCUCGAGAUUAGCCCCAUGUUUAGUAUGAUUCCGGGCAACGUUUUCUUGUUUUUAAGUUUGGACACAAGAUUGUGGUUUGUGAUAUUGAAAAGGAUGAUAUUUUUUUGGGCAAUGCUAUGCGCUGGCGCGUCGGCCGAAACUUUUGGCCGGCCGGGCGCGGGCUGCACGAUUCACCAACCCCCGCGCG